UCCCUAAGAUUACUAUACGAGUUGUAUCAAGACGAUAGACACUGUGGGAAUACCAUCCAACAUACAAGUGUUUCAGGAAGAUAAACGCUAUUAGUAGUGUGUGCUGGUUAGAUCUAUCUCAUAAUACUUGUGGGAUAGUGUAAUCGUGUGGGUGUAUCGGAUAACAAAACUAAACGUAGAGCUUCCCUUGAAAAUUGGGUAAAGAAACAGAAGCCGAAGCUGCCUGACGUCAUUCCCUUCCACUGAGGUCACCCUCUGCUCUGACGUCAUUCUUUUCCUCUGACGUCAUUCUUUUCCACUGACAUCACUCCUGACACUGACGUCACAGUUCACACUCUGACGUCAUUCCUCAACACUGACGUCACUCCUUGCAACAAUGGCAUUGCAAGGGAUCGUCCCCAUCGUGGAUUUGGGACAGUUAAGCCUGGCACACGCGGCCGAGCCAAGCCGAGAGGAGUGGCUUCGCGUCGGAAAGUCGGUUGCCGAAGCUUUCCAGAACAUUGGCUUUGUUUACCUCAAGAACCACGGCGUUCCUGAAACCCAGCUGUCGUCGCUCGUGUCCUCCGGAGGUCGGUUCUUCGCUCUCGACCCGAAGACCAAGAACAAGUAUACGAGGAAUCCGGAAAAGCAGCAAGGAUACGUGGAAGUGGAUAGAGAGAAAUUUGACCCGGCGAACUUUAAGCACGAACUCCGAGAGGCUUACGAUGUUAAACGCAGUGACGGCACGUUCCCGGAUGAAGAAGUUCCCUCCCUUCGCCGAGAUGCUGACGCGUUCAUUAACACUUGCAAGGCUCUGUCGCUGCGCAUCCUGAAGGCCAUGGCGCUGGGAAUAGAUCUGGACGAGUCGUUCUUCGUGGACACGCACCAGGAGAUCUGCUCGGAUAACAACGCCUCGUGCAUGCGUCUCCUGCACUACCCACCCGUGCCCGAGUCUGUCCCGGCUCAGGCUAUCCGCUGCGGAGCCCACACGGACUACGGGACGAUUACACUUCUCUUCCAGGAUGAUAUUGGCGGUCUGCAGGUUCGUGAUCGACAGCGCCAGUGGGUCAACGCCGACCCCGUCCCCGGCGCCAUACUCGUCAACGUCGGUGAUAUCCUUCAGUUCUGGACUACAGACAAGUUCAUCGCCACCGAACACCGGGUGUUGAUCCCCAGCGAGGAAAAACGCAUGAAGGUAUCUCGGCGUUCCGUGGUGUUCUUCGUUCACCCAGACGACCCUGUUCUUAUCAAGCCCCUGGAUUCCUCUUCUACGUAUCCUAUAGUCACAGCCCGAGAACAUGUCCUCAGGAGGUUUAGGGAGACUUAUACAUAUUAAGAAAAAAAAAAGACUUUUCGGAUGCGUGUCUGUGUAUAUAUCGGUCUCUGCGGUUUGUGUUCUUACAUAGGUCUUUUAGCCUUGCCUUACCCUACUUAACGUUACCUUCUCAUUGUUUAUUUGUGAAUUAAUGAGUGUUUUCUUCUUUUUUUCAAUUCAAAUAUACAUGUACAGACAUGGACAGAAGUCGUGGUGAGAAUUAAGCUUCGAAUUCGAAUAAUUUAACAACAAAUUUUGACGCGACAGUACAUUAUUUACUUAUUUAACAUUUUUUUAUUUAUUUGUCGUUUUUAUGGAAUGCAGUGACUGAGCACCAGCAGUGUUUUCUUGGUGAAUUUUUACUUUAUUUCAUAUUAAUCGUUAUGUGCAAUCUUAUGGGAAUAUUUAUUAAUAUUUGAAACCUAGACAUAUAUUGUAAUAUGGGGUAAAGAUUGUUCUAGUAUGUACCCUGAAAGAAUGAAUUUUGUUGUUAGUUGAUUUUAUAGGUCUUAUUUUCUCUCUGUCAGAGAGCUGUUAUUUUUGUGUGAAAGUUCAUAUAGUCUGUCCGUCUGUCUGUAUCUCUCUCUUUCUCUCUCUUUCUCUCUCUUUCUCUCUCUCUCUCUCUUCUCUUCUCUAUUCUCUCUCUCUAUUCUCUCUCUCUCUCUCUCUUUCUCUCUAUU